CGGGACCUGCCCUCCCGUCGCCAUUUUUCGGCCUCGGUGCUCGCAUUUCUGGUAGCCUGCGCUGUUGGGGACGAGCGGAAAUAACGGAAAGUAUAAAAUAUAGUAAUCGUUAAGCCGAGAUCCCUCGUGAGCAGUCUGGGAUGCACGCGAGCGCUCCUGUAAACAGUCGCGGGUCCUGAAAUGCACGCGCAGGAGACGAGCCGCUGCUGUGAAAUCAUUUUUUUGUGUGAAGACGUGUUGCGAGCCGCCAUUUUUCUGCUGUGUUGCCUCAAAAGUCUGCUCCGACUCGAGAAAGGGAAUUCGAAAACCCGUUUCCAUGAAGUGUGCCUCUCCGUGAGCUCCAGAAGAUUUCAUCUGAUAACUUCGCGUCCUGCCCGGUGCUACUACUGGACACAUUUUGCACAUAUGAGGGAUUAUCAGAUGUAAGAAAAAAAGAAGGGAGGAAAAAAAAGUGAGGCCACAUUUUCCGCUCAUAACUGACACUGACUUAAGGAGAUACAUUUAUUAGAAGAGGAGAUUGGUGUUUUCUCAGAAGGCGGAACGAAAAGGGGAAGUUUCAUUGAUCCGUUUGUUGCUUGGGCCUCCGUCAGUGCUUGCCUGUCCAAGGUUUGCUCAUUUUUCUUCUGUUUUGGCCCUUCUACCAACUGCUCGGCCGCUGACUGCUGAACACAGGAACCACAUUAUGCUCCAGAGUUGGAUCAAGUCAGCAGCAGCCUGCGCCUGAAAACGUUAGGUUGUUGUUCAAAUCAGGUUUUCGGAGCCUGAGGCGUGUGUGAAGAAAUCAGUCGAAAACCCCCCUUCCAGGGCGACGAAUGCCCUGCGUCUUCCAAAUCCUACAGUUUGCUGUGAUUGGCCAAUUGGAACCACGCACAUCGCUUUUAAUUUAUUCCCCAGCCUGUCUUGUAUUUUCUUUUUAUUAAUUUGUAAGUCUAUAUUAACUUAUUUUUGAACAGAAAUGUCAACUGCUCGGUUUGAUUCAUCUGAUCGGUCCGCCUGGUAUUUUGGACCCGUGUCACGACAGGAGGCACAGAAUAGGUUACAAGGACAGAGACAUGGCAUGUUUCUUGUUCGAGACUCGUCGACCUGCCCCGGCGACUACGUGCUGUCAGUAUCUGAAAACUCCAAAGUGUCUCACUAUAUCAUCAACUCUUUGCCCAGCAAGAGGUUUAAGAUUGGCGAUCAAGAAUUUGAGAACCUCGCAGCUCUCCUGGAGUUCUACAAAAUCCACUACCUGGAUACCACCACGCUGAUAGAGCCAGCCCCCAGGUAUCCAAGUACAGUGAGUGCUCCCAUCCAGCCCAUGGUUGGAGCAGAAGAGAACUUGGAGUAUGUGCGGACUCUGUACGACUUCACCGGUAGUGAUGCUGAGGACCUUCCCUUCAAGAAGGGGGAGAUCCUUAUCAUCCUGGAAAAGCCGGAGGAGCAGUGGUGGAGUGCCAAGAAUAGAGAUGGACGUGUCGGGAUGAUCCCUGUGCCCUAUGUGGAGAAAGUGAUACGACCUCUGCCCCACCUUGGCCAGCCUUCUCAUGGAUCGCGCAACUCCAACAGCUACGGGAUCCCUGAGCCCUCCAAUGCUCUUGUUCACGCCUAUGCCCAGCCCCAGACACCUUCUCCAAUGCCUGGCACACCUGGAGCAGUUAUCGCUCCUCUACCGUCCAUGCAGAACGGCCCUGUCACGGCAAAAGCCAUCCAGAAACGAGUGCCCUGUGCCUACGACAAGACAGCUCUUGCUCUAGAGGUUGGUGACAUUGUCAAGGUUACACGGAUGAACAUCAGCGGUCAGUGGGAGGGAGAGGUGAAUGGACGGAGGGGUCUCUUCCCAUUCACCCAUGUCAAAAUCAUAGACCCCCAGAAUCCGGAUGAGAGUGACUGACCUAGGAAUUCGACGGAAGCCUCUCACCAGUAUCGCCGAGUUUGCUGGCUGUCUCCAUCUUUUCCUGCCAGUGUCACACGGUUAUGUGCUUGCCUGCUUGGGGCUGUACCAUGAUAGCGAUUUCCCCACCCCCCCCCGUGUUGUUGCUGGCCUUCGCAAGGCUUUCUGACUGUUUACAGCUCUGGACAUUAGAUCCAAACUAAAACCUGACCCCACUUUUCCCAGGUCCCUUUUCCUUUAUCUUUGUCCCAGGCUGGGUGGCAUUUUUGCAUUAGUGUCCUUUUAAUUUCCAGAUCACUGGGCAUCAGUGUGAGAGUGUGUGCGUGUAUGUGUGUGUUUUGUGUAUGUGUGUUCACAACGGAUAGUUACCAUAUUCCCAUCACAUCUUUUUAAAUAUUAGUUUUCUCUUAAUAUUUGUCUUUGGGACUUUUGAAAGUGUUGGUGUGUGCUUGUUUUGUUGAUGUGAGGAUAUUUGUAUGAAAUGGGGAAAAGAAAUGUCCCUAUGGACUUGGAGAGCACUGAGGCAAUGAGGAGCUAACCAGCCAGUCAUGUUAUUUCUCCAAACAAUCAAGUCACUGUUGUACCUUAAGCAUUGCACAAGCACACACUUGUACACAUUGGCCAUGAGUUGUUCAGGUAGAUGUUUUUUUUUUUUUUGUGUGUGUGUGUGUGUGUGUGUGUGUGUGUGUGUGUGUGUGUGUGUGUGUGUGUGUGUGUGUGUGUGGGGUAUGGAUUGGGAGGAAGUAGAAAGAGAUGGGUUUGUAGAGGAUUUGGAACAUGGUAUGGUAGAUCUCAUUGUCCCUUCCAUUCUACACCCUGACUGCCAGAUGGCUUAUUUAUCUAAUGUUACUAAGACAUGACACAACCAUGUGAGUUUUUUUUUUUUGUUGUUGUUGUUGACAUGGACAGUGUGGUGACUUUGCAUCUCCACAUGGUGCCUCUUUACUUAUUAUUUUGAACUAAACUGAUUUUGCUUAGAGAGAUCAUUGAUUAUUAAAUGACACAUUUCCAAUUUUUGCAUAGGAGUGCCAAGCUUUGAGCACGGUAUCAAAAGCCAAAUAGCAACAGCCCUGGCCUGUACUUUCCACAAGCAUCUGACUACAAGGCUAAAACGUACUAAAAAAUGUUGCCGCCACAGUGUGGGGCACGAGGACUAAAGCCUGUUCACUGAGAUGAAAAACUCGGUUUUCAGUGGCAUAGGUCGGGGAAGGAGGAAUGUCUCAGCAAGCCAAUGAGAUCCCAUCAAUGCCUUUUCAGAGUAAGAUGAGUCUUACUUCUAGUGCAUGCAAUCCCAUCUCUAACACUUAGUUUUUGUUGUGAUGAUGCUCCUGUCCAUGUAGGAUUUUUAACCAGCUUUAUUCCUCGAGCAUUUUGGUCUGUGCGCAAAUGCAGAGUAGUAGAAAGAAUCGGAUGAUAUUGUGCUGCAGCCGAUUCUGUCGAGCCGAGGAUUAAACGCCUGUUCAAAAAAGUGCAGAACCCUACAUCUCUGCUGUAAAACUAAUCGAUUUUCCCCCGUCGCUUCUUUUAGUGCUUUCUGUUAAAAUCACUGCUAAGCCAUUGACUCAGAAAUAUUGUGAGGCUUUUAGUUGUCCCUCUUCUUCCUUUUCGGGGAGUUUGUCGUAAGCUAUAAAAUCAAGCAUUUUUGUUAAUGAGUGAUGUUAUUAAAAGUAACCACGGUGAAAUUUAAAAAGGGAAAAAAUGCCUGCUGGUUGCCUCUGUGCAUGACCUCUUGGCCAGGGAGAUUGUUUGUUUUUUUUUUCCUUGCCAAAUGCUGCUUGAUGUCAUUAAAUUCCUCAUUAAAUACAAGUUUCUCUCUUAAGCCCACCUGGUGUGUGCAGACACACCAGUUUGGGUUUUCCUGGUCAAGCUUAAUGAAAUCUACUAAUUAAGCAAUACAUUCUGAUUAUGUCCCUUUUGACAUGAAUUUGCUUUUCUCAUGCUUCGGAGUUAUUUUGUAAUGGCAUUAACAGUAUUACUGUGCUCUUCAUAUUUUAGGAAAGCUUGUCUUUUACUUAAAAAUUGAAAGAUUGUGCCUUUUAUUUUCUUAUACCAUUGACGUGUUAAUAUUUCCCAUGGUUAACACCUGUGCUGGUAAAGGCCCUUUAUGUAAAUAACAAGUAAAUAAAAUGUUUACUUCUUUAAGUUGC